AUGAGCUCGGCUGAAGAGAUCGCAAAAGCUGCCAAGCUUGCCUUCGAGGCAUCUCAGCUCAUACCUUCGGCUGAGCGCGUAACAGCCCUGCAACAUAUCCGCCAUGAGUUAGAAGUCUUCAAGUCGGACAUCCUCGCUGCAAAUGCCAGAGACCUGGAGGCCGCGCGAGCAGAAGUGGACGCUGGCCGGAUGUCGGGAUCGCUCUUCAAGAGGCUCGAUCUGGCGAAGGGCGACAAGUGGGACGCGAUGCUGCAAGGCGUGUCGGACGUCGCGGCAUUGCCGGACCCUACGGGCAUCGUCACCUAUGCGACGGAGCUGGACGACGAACUUGAGCUUUACCGCGUCUCCUGUCCGAUCGGCGUGUUGCUUGUGAUCUUCGAGGCGCGUCCCGAAGUCGUGGUCAACAUUGCUUCAUUGGCUAUCAAAUCUGGCAAUGCUGCCAUCUUGAAGGGCGGCAAGGAGUCGAACCAAACAACAGCACUGCUGUCGAAGGUCAUUCAGGCUGGAUUGGCGAAGACUUCCCUCCCUAGCACAUAUAUCCAGAGCAUUCAGACACGCGCAGAAGUAAACUCUCUGCUGGCUCUGGACCAGUACAUCGACUUGGUGAUUCCGCGGGGUAGUAAUGCCCUUGUACGGAAUAUUCAAAACAACACUCGCAUCCCGGUCAUGGGUCACGCGGAUGGAAUCUGCUCCGUCUACCUGGACGAGACUGCAGACGUCGACAAGGCGGUUCGGGUAGUCGUGGACUCGAAGACGGAUUACCCUGCCGCAUGCAACGCGGCAGAGACUCUCAUCGUCCAUCGAUCAUUACUCCAUAAUGUCUGGCCAACCGUCGCUUCCGCUCUCUUGACUGCAGAUGUCCGCCUACUUUGCGAUCCUUCUACCCUAGAGGCGUUGAAAACCUCAUCCUCCCCUCCCCCAAACAUGGCCUCACACGUUGCCCCUUCAGAUGAAAGCUCCUAUGGGGUUGAACACCUGUCCCUGACCAUUUCCGUCCUCACGGUUGACUCAUUACACCAGGCCAUUUCCUUCAUCAACGCUCACUCGUCUCAUCAUACCGACUCGAUCGUCACCGAGUCGGACGCCACCGCUUCCGCAUUCUGCAGGGGUGUCGACAGCGCAGGCACAUACGUCAACGCCAGCACCCGCUUCGCGGACGGAUUCCGCUACGGGUUCGGUACCGAGGUAGGUAUAAGCACGGGCCGCAUUCACGCCCGCGGCCCCGUCGGCCUCGAAGGCCUCGUCACGUACAAGUACAUGAUGCGGAGCAAGGCGAGCAAGGGGCACAUCGUGGGCGAGUUCGGGUCGGGACCAGGGAAGAAAAAGUUCAAGCACCAGAAGAUUGACGCGCAGGCGGUGCCCUUUUAA